AGAGAGAGAGAGAGAGAGAGAGUGUUAUCAAAAGGAGAAAGAAAAAACAAGUGUUACUGGAUUUGCCAGCAACUGGACUGUGACACAUGAUUUGGUGUCUUUGGAGAAAAGCAUUGUAAGGGGAAAAUGAGGAAACAUGGAUGGCAACUUCCUUACCAUCCUCUUCAGGUGGUGGCUGUUGCUGUGUUCUUGGCACUUGGGUUUGCUUUCUACGUCUUCUUUGCUCCGUUUGUUGGGAACAAGAUUCAUCAGUACAUUGCCAUGGGUAUUUACACUCCUCUGAUAACGUGUGUGGUUGGACUGUAUAUAUGGUGUGCGGCUUCAGAUCCUGCAGACCCUGGAGUUUUCAGGUCAAAGAAGUACCUUAAAAUACCUGAAAACGAGAAAUUUCCUCAAUCAAAGGGCACAAAAGAUAGUUGUGGUGGAUCAGCUAUAGGUGGUGCUAAGUCUCAUGACAGCACAUGUGUAAAGGAUCAAGAAAAUGGAACUAACAAGAAACAUGAGUCAUCGCAAAGAUCUUGUCUCCUGCGUGUGCUUUGCUCUCCUUGUGCAUUGAUUUGUGGUUGUUGCAGCGGAAGAGAUGAAUCUUCUGAGCAGCAGAUGAGUGAGGAUGGGAUGUUCUAUUGCAGUCUGUGCGAAGUUGAGGUCUUCAAAUUCAGCAAGCAUUGCAGAGUUUGUGACAAAUGUGUUGACCGUUUUGAUCAUCACUGCAGGUGGCUAAACAAUUGCAUUGGCAAGCAGAAUUACAGAAAGUUCUUCAGCCUCAUGGUAUCAGCUAUUUUCUUGCUCACUAUGCAAUGGUCAACUGGGAUAUUUGUGCUGGUACUAUGUCUACUCCGAAGGAACCAGUUCAACACAGACAUUGCCUUAAAGCUGGGAAGCAGCUUCUCGCUAGUUCCAUUUGUUAUAGUCGUUGCUGUUUGCACUCUAUUGGCAAUGCUGGCAACGCUACCUGUUGCUCAGCUUUUCUUCUUCCACAUUCUUCUCAUCAAAAAGGGAAUCAGUACAUACGACUACAUAGUUGCACUUAGGGAACAAGAGCAAGAGCUAGAAGAAGGUGGUGGAGGUCAACAAAGCCCUCAAAUGUCAAUGAUCAGCUCAUUCACUGGUCUAAGUAAUGCAAGCUCCUUCAAUACAUUUCACCGUGGAGCUUGGUGCACCCCACCGCGUCUGUUUGUUGAGGAUCAGUUUGAUGUAGUUCCUCCAGAGAAUGCUUCUGUAAGUUCAUAUGGAAAGAAGACAGUGGUUGAGAAACGCGUCAAGAAGAAGACGCAACCUGUGAAGAUCAGUCCAUGGACUCUAGCGCGUCUCAAUGCAGAAGAAGUCUCAAAGGCAGCAGCAGAGGCAAGGAAGAGAUCCAAAAUUAUCCAGCCUGUGGAGAGGAGGGAAGCAAGCAGCAGCGACCGUAGAAUGUUCCCGGCAAAAUUUGAAGCUGCUAAUAGUAACGGGAAGCAGCAGAGAAGGCAAUCUAAGCAGCGCAUAAGGUUACCAGCAGAAUUGCCUCUGAUGAAUGUUCAGACAAGAGUUGCCUCUAUGGAGACAUCAACUAGCUCAGGGCUAGGUCCUCUUCAGCUAGAAGCAAGAAGCGCGUUUCAGACGAGCCGAGCAAUGUCAGGGUCAGGUGGUGUUAUGGGGACAUCUUCUUCACCAGAGAGCAGCUUAGACUCGCAUGACAUUCACCCUUUUAGAGUGUCGUCUGAAGCAGAAGGGUCGGUGCAGCUCAGUGGAUUUUCUUCAGCUGUUGGUCUAAUGGGUCAGAAUAGAGGGCAGCAACAACAGCAAUCCAUGAUGAUGAUGAUGAUGCCAUUGUCAAGGUCUACAAGUGGUGGAUACGAUGCCUCUGGUGGAGAAGACAGUGAUCAGGUUCCUUCUAGAAACAUCCACAAAUCAAGAUAAGAAGUAUAAUAAUCAUCACUCCUUGAGGCAUUCUUUGAUAAAUGGCUGGUCACAUUCAAAUGGAUCGAUCAAGAAAAGUCAACGUUCUCAGACUGUUUGCAAGGAGCUCUUAAGGGAAGCGGGGAAGAGUAUUGUGUAUUCUUGAGAUUUGUAUUGUUUAAGGUGACGAGCAGGUUGAACAGGAUUAACCAGAACUUUCUUUACUUGUUUUUGUUAGGAACAAAUCUUCUUUUUCUUUCUGAAAAAGAUGUCAAAGUUUGCACAGUUCAUAUGUUGUAUCUCCUUGCAUUGUUGUGUUUUUGAAGGAUUCGGACUCAACCUUA